AUGCAUGGCGAUCAGCAAGUGUGCGUCCCAGCGACCUUACAUGCCGAAAGAGACAGUAUAAAGCUAACAGUGGAGGGAGAACCUGGUGAACAGGUCAGCAACUUUGUUUAUCUUGGUGCCAACAUCAGUUGGGAUGGUACCAUUGACCGAGAUCUUGACAUCAGGAUCCAGCGUGCUAAUGGUGCGUUCCAUCAGCUUUGGAAGAUAUGGAACAGUCGAACUAUAAGAACGCCCACCAAGAUCCGUAUCUACAAGGCUGCUGUUAUUACCAUUCUGUUAUAUGGAGCUGAAGUCUGGAACACAACAAAGAAGCAGAUGAAACGGUUUGAGGUCUUCCAUCUGACCUCCCUGAGAAGAAUCUUGAAGAUAAAGUGGUUCUUCCAUGUCUCCAAUGAAGAAGUUCUCAGGCGUGCUGUAAUUAAGUCUAUCGAAACUUUCAUCGGUGCAGCUAGAUUAAGGAAUUAA